AUGAAAGGGAACGUCUUCUGCAAGCUUGGACGGCUGCAAGAAGCAUGUGACUGUUUCCUCGCUGUACUGGAUAAGGACGAAGAUCAAGAGGACUGUAGGUUAAGACUGGCAUUGUGUCUCUUGCUGCUGGGCAGACACGGUGAAGCUACGGUCCAUCUUGAAAAACUAGAUGAAGAUCAAGAAGAUGUGGAAGCUUUAAUCGAAGCUGCCGAAACCCUGGAAAGAAUGGAACGUCAUGGCUGCCCCUACGACAUCCUAGGCGUUCCAGAGGAUGCUGCUUUGAAGGAAAUAGAAAGGGCCUACAGGAAGCUGGCCCUCAAGAGCCACCCUGACAAGUUCCAAGGGUCCCAGGCAGAGCGAGAACAAGUGAAGGAAGUCAUGCAAAGGAUCAACUACGCUAACGACAUCCUACGUGACGCUGAUGAAAGAGAGGAAUACAACACUCUCAGGGACUUCGUCAAGGACGUCGCGGAUAAGCUGUUCGAAGAUCCCAAGUUUCCCGAUGAAUCCGAUGAUGAAGAAGAUGAUGAGUCAGAACUGUCUGAGGAGGAGGAAGAAUGUGAUGAAGAGGAACUGUCUGAAGAAGAGGAAGAAUGUGAUGAAGAGGACGAAGAGGAAGAAUGUGAUGAAGAAGAAGAAUUGUUAUCUUUUGUAAAUGGAAUUAAUAUUAUCCAAAACCUUGGAUACUUUAUUGGAGGAAAUGCGAUGGCUCUCAUUCUGGGAGGGCUUCUUAGACAUGUACAUACAAAGUACGUGGAGGAAAAGAAAACCAACCGAAAUUGCCGAGACGCCAUCGCCCGACUCGAAGACGACGUUUUUUUCUCAACGGAGAUGAUAUCCCUUCUCAAGGAGGAAAACUCUAGCCUCGUUCAUGAAAUUGACGCGGUCAACGACAAGGAAGCAGAUCUUAUCAAGAGGAAUGACGAUCUAGAGAACGAGUUGAAAUUGAGAACGGAAGAGAAUAAGGACGCGUUAAUCCAGAAAGGAAAGGAACUAGACAAUCUGAAGGACCAACUCGCAGAGAAAGACAGAGAGUGUGAGAGGAACCGAAAGAAACUGGAAGAAAUGGAGAGUCAAACUUCGGAUAAUGAUUUUUAUUGUGGUUACCUGGAAGGGAAAGUAAAGGAUCAUGAAGCGGAGAGGAAGAAAUUGAAACAGGUGACCAAACAACUCGAAGAGAAGCUGCGAGCCUCACAGCAAGAAUUGUCUGCUCUUGCAAAACACCGUGAUCUCGAAAAAAAUCAUGGAAAUGAGGCUCAGAAGAAGACCCGAAUUCUGGAAGAUAGAGUUCAGCAGCUUCAGCGAGAAAAUGAGAAAUUGAAGGAGAAAUUAGCCGAGAGUGAGCGGGAAGCGGCCUCAGUGAAGGAUUUAAAAGCACCUAAAAAGAACAGAAUUAACGCUCUGGUUGCAGAGAACAAGGCUCUCAAAGACAAGAUCGCUAAACGAGUAGAUCAAAAUGGAAUCGUCCAGAGCGAACGAGCUGAAAGGAAGAAACUAGAGACUGAGUUGAAUCGAGUCAAAGGAAAUCUGAAAGAGGCGGAAGAUACCUUGAGUCAGGUACAAGAACGACUUAAAGAGGCUGAAGCAAAAUGUGCACAGGUAGAAAUUCAUCGGAGAAAAGUACUGGAGGCAGAAGCUGAUCGCUGUAUUGAGAUGGAAGAUUUUGCGACAGCAAUAGUUUUCCUAGGAAUUAUAACAAAGGACUACGAUAAUGUGUUGGAUUGUCGUGUCAAGGAGUUGAGAUGCCACACAGCUCUAGGAAUGGUGGAAGAGGCCCAAAAAAUACUGGACAAUUUACCUGCCGAGUAUCAAGAUGACUGUGAUGUUCUGGUGGAGUCUGCCCUACUUUGUGCCUUUGAUGCUGAGUUAGAAAAAGCUGAAAUGAUUUUGACUCAGGUUCUAGACCGAUGUCCUAACCAUGAAAGGGCACUCAAGGGAAGAGAGUUUCUGGAGCAGCGGGCGAUAUGGUACUCUAUUCCAUUGAUGAUAGACGAAUGUGAAUUCGAUGCUGUUUUGGAAAAGAUUACACACGCCCAGUCUCUGGAAUCAUUUUUCCCGCAGAUACGUGUUGACUUGGCCAGAAUGAAAGGGAACGUCUUCUGCAAGCUUGGACGGCUGCAAGAAGCAUGUGACUGUUUCCUCGCUGUGCUGGAUAAGGACGAAGAUCAAGAGGACUGUAGGUUAAGACUGGCAUUGUGUCUCUUGCUGCUGGGCAGACACGGUGAAGCUACGGUCCAUCUUGAGAAAGUAGAUGAAGAUCAAGAAGAUGUGGAAGCUUUGAUCGAAGCUGCCGAAACCCUGGAAAGAAUGGAACGACAUGGCUGCCCCUACGACAUCCUAGGCGUUGCAGAGGAUGCUGCUUUGAAGGAAAUAGAAAGGGCCUACAGGAAGCUGGCCCUCAAGAGCCACCCUGACAAGUUCCAAGGGUCUCAGGCAGAGCGAGAACAAGUGAAGGAAGUCAUGCAAAGGAUCAACUACGCUAACGACAUCCUACGUGACGCUGAUGAAAGAGAGGAAUACAACACUCUCAGGGACUUCGUCAAGGACGUCGCGGAUAAGCUGUUCGAAGAUCCCAAGUUUCCCGAUGAAUCCGAUGAUGAAGAGGAUGAUGAGUCAGAACUGUCUGAGGAGGAGGAAGAAUGUGAUGAGUCAGAACUGUCUGAAGAAGAAGAAGAAUGUGAUGAAGAGGACGAAGAGGAAGAAUCACCAUUGGAAAAUCUUUAA